AUGAGACCAACAAACACUGGCGACAAGCCAAAUCCUCCUCCACAACCACAAGGAACUCCCUAUGUUGGAAGUAAAAUUAGUUUAAUUUCCAAGAGCGACAUUCGUUAUGAAGGUAUUUUGUACAAUGUUGAUACUGUAUCUAGUACCGUAGCUUUGAGAGAUGUUAAAAUGUUUGGUACUGAAGGAAGAAGACAAGGAGACCAAAUUCCACCUCUUGAUAAGAUCUAUCCUUUCAUCAUCUUUAAAGGAAGUGAUAUUAAGGAUCUUACUGUAUGUGAACCUCCACAACAAACUCCUCCAGUUCAACCUCCAAGACCUCAACAAGGAGGAGAAACUGGUUCUCAACCACCUUCAAUGGGAACUUUCCCACCUCAACCUGUUAAUCAACCAGGCGGUAAUAUGCCAGGUAUGAUGCCACCAAAUCCAGGAAUGAUGCCUCCAAAUAUGCCACCUUACAUGAAUCCAUACUUUAAUCCAUAUAUGCCGUAUGGAAAUCCAAUGGGAUUCAAUCCUGGUAUGAUGCCACCUAAUGCUAUGGUUAACAUGCCACCUAAAAAUCAACCUCCAGUUAAUCAACCAACCCAACAACCUUCUCAACCAACAACUCAACAAAGACCAACUACAAAUGGUCCAGUAGUAGGAGCUAAGUCAACACAAGUUUUAGAACAACCAAAAGUAACACCAACAAUUGAUACUGUUCAACAACAACCACAACAAGUAGUUGAAGAAGUUAAGCCAACCCCAAUCACUCCAACAACCCCUGUUGUUUCAAUCACAACAAGCACUGACAAAAAGCCAACAACACCAACCAGUGCUACUAACGGAAAGAAGGACAAGAAAUUUUUCGAUGACGAAUUUGAUAUUCAAGCUAACCUUCAAAAGCUUGACAAGUCUGUAAUUGCUAAAGAAUUGGAAGAAAAGCAAAUUCACAAAGGAUACGAUAGACAAAUUGGAUUCUUUGAUACUAUCAGUCGUGAAAGUGAUGAAAAGAAAAACAGAAGAACAAAACAAGAAAGACAAGAACAACAAAGAGUUGAUUUGGAAACUUUUGGUGAAACAGUGUCAAAUGGUAAUGGAAUGCCAAGCGGUAGAGGAAGAGGAAGAGGAGGUUACCGAGGAGGAUCUAGAGGAUCGAGAGGAGGUAGAGGUGCUUCAAGCAGAGGAGGAUAUUCUCAAAGGUGA